GCCGGGCCGGGGGCGCAGGCGCAUUCGUGCCGCGGUGUCCGCCGCGACCCGGGUUGGCGUUCCCUAGCGGAGGCGGGGACACGCCUGCCGAUGGCUCCUCUCCCAGGGGCAGAGUUGGUCCAGAGGCCACUGCAGCUGUACCGAUACUUGCUGCGCUGUUGCCGGCAGCUGCCAACCAAGGGCAUCCAGGAACAUUACAAACACGCUGUCAGGCAGGGUUUCCGGGUUCAUUCGGAUGAGGACAACCCUGAAAGAAUCCAGCAGAUUAUUAAAAGAGCCAUAGAAGAUGCCGACUGGAUCAUGAACAAAUAUAAAAAACAAAACUGAGACUCCAGGGCCUGAGGCGUGACGCUGUCCUGAGGACACUGAGGUUGGGAGAGCUCUCCUCUCCUGGAGUUCGCCAGCAGCGGCGCUUUGGGAAGAUCCGUCGGCCUUGUUGGCUGAGAGCAGGAAAUCGGGUUGGAGAAGCUGACGUUUGUGCAGACGGCCCCAGCAUCCUUUAUGUUUGCUUUCCAGCUGCUUAUGAUGUGAAAUUUGGGGAGAAUGUGUUUUUCACUUUGCUCUGAAAAUGAUUCCUUUAUUCUGGACGUCAUUCUUUGAGACCCGGAGCGGGUGUCCCCUCCGAUGGCAGCCUGUACAGAGCACAGGGCAUGGGUUUUCGAACUAGACGGAUGUGGAUUUGAAUCCCAGCUCCGCGGCUUUUCGGAGGUGUUGUCUGAUGCGGGGUCGGUGAGCCGAGGAGUCGAAAGAAAGAUUUCUUAGACUCUCAA